GCCCCAGCCAAGUGACCCCGUACUUCGCUACCUUGGCCACAUCAUGAUCCAUCCCGCACCCCGGCUCUCGGUGCCCGCCGCGCUGGCCCUGGCCUCCGCCGCACUGGGCGCCGCUUUCGCCACCGGCCUUUUCCUGGGAAGACGGUGCCAUCUCUGGCGAUCCCGGCGACAGAAGCGCCUGCUGCCCCCUGAAGACGACCCCCUGUGGCAGUAUCUGCUGAGCCGCUCCAUGCGGGAGCACCCGGCGCUGCGGAGCCUGCGGCUGCUGACCCUAGAGCAGCCGCAGGGAGAUUCGAUGAUGACCUGUGAGCAGGCCCAGCUUCUGGCCAACCUGGCGCGACUCAUCAAAGCCAAGAAGGCACUGGACCUGGGUACUUUCACAGGCUACUCAGCCCUAGCAUUGGCCUUAGCGCUGCCCCCGGCCGGACGCGUGGUGACCUGUGAGGUAAAUCCGGGGCCCCCGGAGCUGGGGCGGCCCCUAUGGAGGCAGGCUGAGGAGGAGCACAAGAUCGACCUUCGGUUGAAGCCUGCCCUGGAGACACUGGAUGAGCUCCUGGCCGCAGGGGAGGCUGGCACCUUCGACAUGGCGGUGGUGGAUGCUGACAAGGAGAACUGCACUGCCUACUAUGAGCGAUGCCUGCAGCUGCUGCGCCCCGGAGGCAUCCUCGCGAUCCUCAGUAACUCAGCUCGACCUCACCUCUGCAGUGGAGGCUCUGCUCAGUGGACAUCACCUCAGAACCAGGCCACUUGACCUAGACCUGAGGACCUCAAGGUUGGAGUAUAUAUCCUGUCCUCCCCCUGAAGUCCUGGAGGAAGGUGAGGGACUAGGUGGGAUCACUGGCCAGAAAGGAGUGAAACAGGCCUAUAGGCAGGAAACUAUCAAGUAUGGCAGUUUUUAAAAGUUCCCCAUAAGAUGAAGAAUAUAAAGUUAGGCUUUCCCACACCAACAUCUAUGAGAGAAGGUGGACAGGGAGCCAGGCCCUUCACUCCUCUCAUUUGGACUUCCCUAAUCCCAGUCCCACAGAAGUCCUACAGAUCGUGUCUCCACAUCACAGGUGAAGGUCAAGGCAGAUAUUAAGUAUUCUUCCACUAACUGCCUCAGCCUAGAAUACAGUUAGGUUUUGAACCAGGGUUAGGCCUGGGUCCUCUAAGGCUGGAGACUAUUAGAAACAAGGCCAUAGGAGCGCCUGAGUGAUCUGUAGGUUAAAGCCUCUGCCUUCAGCUCAGGUCAUGAUCUCAGGGUCCUGGGAUCAAGCCCCGCAUCGGGCUCUCUGCUCAGCGGGGAGCCUGCUUCCCUCUCUCUCUCUGCCUGCCUCUCUGCCUACUUGUGAUCUCUGUCAAAUAAAACAAAAUCUUAAAAAAAAAAAAAGAAAGAAAGAAAGAAAAAGAAAAGAAACAAGGCCAAGGCCACAGGGGCCACAAGGGCCCACAGCUGGCAACUUCCAUCAUCUUCCAUCUCCUUGGACAUACCUAGAAUUUUAUGCAACCCUCAGGGCCCUGGGUGUGAUCCAGCCUUCGCUCUCCCGCAUGUUAAAAUGCUGUUAGGAUGCACCUGGGUAAAUACGUCCAAAUUACUCUUCAAUGUAUCUUUGACCAAAUGGUAAUUCACUUGUGCCACACCCCAGUCCUGAGUUCAGGACCAGGUAGUGUCCAGCCAUAGCUGAGGGAAGGCGGCCUGUUAGCUCUGAGGCAGCAGGCAUCCAGGGGCCGCAGCAGCUACCAGCCUAUGACCUCCCCACCAGGCGGAGUUGCAGAGAUGUCUGCUGCUCUACUUCACACCUCUCUUGAGUAUCCCAAAAGCAGAUGUGCUUUCACACCCAACUUACAGACAUCUUUUCCUGUUUGUUUGACCUAGCAAAAGAUCCUGACUCCAACAAAUUGGCUCAAGUUCCAGCUGUCUGCCAUUAAAUCAUGUGUCUUAUUCACACAGGCCAUUCCUGCCAGUCUCAUAGCACUGUACACACUGGCGAGUGUGUAGAGCCUUUCUUCACCUGGGGUCAACAACAAUCCAAUGGAUCUCUGGACAGACUUACAAACUGAAGAUAUAAAGGCAUAUAUCCUCUUAUUUUAUUGUAGUCCAAAAAGUUCAUGGAGUUACUUUAGAGACACAGAGGACUUUGACACAGAUUUAGGUAAAAAGCAAAACACUCCCCAGAAAAAUAAUGUGCUAGCUAGAUACAAGGGAGAUCUGACCCUGGCAAGUGUUUAAACUCUGCAAAUACUUGGAGUCAUUAAUUACGUAUACUUCUUUUUAUUCAUAA